AUGGUCAAAAAGCGUGUUCUCAUCACCUAUGGAGUGGAUGCCGAUGCCGUCGCAGGCUGGCUUGGAUCAUAUGGAGGUGAAGAUUCACCCAAUGAUAUCAGCCGAGGUAUUUGGGGUGCUACUAUUGGAACUCAGCGCAUGUUGAAACUCUUCGACAAGUACAAUAUCAAAACAACCUGGUUCAUCCCAGGUCACACGCUGGAAUCAUUCCCAGAAGAUAUGGCGGCUGUGCGCGACGCUGGGCACGAGAUUGGCCUCCAUGGCUACACUCAUGAGAAUCCUGCCGAAAUGACUAUUGAGCAGCAGCGUGAUGUUCUUGACAAGACUUUUCGGCUGUUGACGGAUUUCGCGGGCAAGCCGCCUCGCGGAAGUGUUGCUCCUUGGUGGGAAACAUCCGAAGAAGGAGCCCAGUUGCUCCUUGACUACGGCCUGGAAUACGAUCACAGUCUCAGUCACCACGACUGCCAGUCCUACUAUCUUCGCACUGGGGACCAAUGGACGAAGAUUGACUACACCAAAAGGGCAGAGGAGUGGAUGAAACCUUUGGUGCAUGGGAAACAGACUGGGCUCGUUGAAAUCCCAGGCAAUUGGUAUAUUGAUGACCUACCACCUAUGAUGUUCAUCAAAUCUGCUCCUAAUAGCCAUGGUUUUGUCAACCCCAGGGAUGUGGAGGAUAUCUGGAGGGACCACUUCGACUACUUUUAUCGGGAAUAUGACGAAUUCGUCUUUCCUAUAUCGAUUCAUCCUGAUGUGUCGGGCCGGCCUCAUGUGCUACUUAUGCACGAGCGCUUAAUUGAAUACUUCAAAAGCCAUGAAGGAGUGGAGUUUGUCACCAUGGAAGAGGUUUGUGAUGAUUUCAAAAGCAAGAACCCCUACCCCCAAGGUUGUGUGUUGCCGGCAAAGCCUGGCACAAUCGCCAAAUGA